UACUGUGGAAAUAUUUUGACUCCGCCGGCAAUGUACAACCAAGGAAACAAAGCCAACGACGCCCAGAGAGGUCAAGACACUGAGCAGGGUGACAGAAGCGGCCAUGAAACCUCACGGAAAACAUACGCCGCAGCUUUAGGUGCAACGGGAGCAUCCAAUGAUGAACCAGACUCUUCUUCCGUCGCCCCCAAGCCACGUUCCGUUCGCAAAAAGCCAAUUCCGGGACCCAAGCCUAAACCGCCUUCCAUCAGCAACGUUCAACAGGGAAAUGGUUCACUCAGUGGUGUUCAUGAUAAAAAUGCUGUUUCAGGGACAGUUCAGGGCGAAAGAGUGACCGUCUCACAGUCUAUGCGUCCCACUUUCACACCUACCCAUGACACGCUGACACCUAAAACGUGGUAUGGCGGUGAACAACUACAAAUGCAAGAGCGACCUGUUCCGAAAUCAGGGCCAGCUGUCGAAGAUCCGUACGUGGCGGGUGGAAGUGAGUUUAUCGUCGUUUCUGGUCGAGAGCCUCCCGAUGAGGGGGCGGAAAGUGACGACGAGAAGUCGUGCAGUGGCUCGGAUGUUGAAAGCGAUACGUCAGACAGCGAGCCAGACCGAUAUGGUAGUGGAAUAAAGGUCACGACGGCGUUAUCUGGGGUCCAGACGUUAAAUAUCACGAUAAGCCUUAACCUGGCUGAUCUCUUACGACCAGAUACCUCCACCCGCCGUAGACGUGUUAAGCCGAGGCCACACCGAAAGUGUUGCCUACCACGCAGUCGGCCCCGCUAUGAAGAGGUUGACAUUCGAGAACCUUUAAAGGAAGAGAGCGACCUUGGCAAAUCCGACACGGAGAUGGGAAGGUCCGAUACGGUGCAGGAAAACAAUCAGAAUUCUGCAAAACGAAGGGUACACAUCAAACAACAACACCUUUGUAGGCAUGGGCAAGGAAGAAAGAACACAGACCACACUACUUUCCAGCAUAAACACCAGGACUGCAGAGAGCGUGUGUAUUAUUGUACGAAAAAGGGUUGCGAAGGCCACCGGUGCUCAAGAAGGCAUCACUAUUACAUUAACGACAAUCCAGAGAGCGACCCACCUCCGAUAGCCGUGUCAAACGAAGAAACGUCCCCACCUCCACUUCCGUCGAAAGAUUAUACCAAACAGGAGCCCGAACAAUCACCGAGGGAGUCCGAUCCUUCUUUGUCCGAGGAAGAACAUAACAGCGACCAAUAUGAUUAUGAGCUUAUUGGACAACCGCCCGAACAAGACUUACAAGAUUCCGGGGCUGUUACAAAAAACAGACAUGCGCCGGCUGCAAGGAGGGCCGUUUCAGAGCCCGCUGGAACGUCUGGAGGUCUCGGACAUUAUUCUACAAUAACUUACCCGGCCUCUGAAGAGCAAGACCUUGGCGGCGUCUAUGGUAACCAAGGGGAUUUAUACCAGCAUGUGAUGAGUUUACAGAAGAAACCGUGGUUUUUUGGACUGGAACGUAGUAAAGAAGGUUUAGACGCAAUUCAAUCAGCACAGGAGGACGGCCAGUUCGUGGUAGUCGCCGAGGAUGUAAAGGUUCGACCGAGCCAGCCGUUCACCGUGCACAUCCGGUCUGGCGGACGUGUGCUGCAGUUUCCGGUCACGAUGGACACGGAGAAAAGAAAGGGCAGAAAGGCCAAGUCGAAGUACCGGCUGUGUAAUGUAGAAAAGGAAAGCAUGGACAAACUCAUAGAGAACUUUAUGAAGACCAAGCACCCAAUGAUAGGAGUAAAACUCAGCCCCCAGCCAUAGGAGUAAAACUCAGCACCCAGCCAUAGGAGUAAAACUCAGCACCCAGCCAUAGGAGUAAAACUCAGCACCCAGCCAUAGGAGUAAAACUCAGUCUACCAUAGUUUGUUUCUACCGUUCUUAUACUUCAUUUUGAUUAUGUAUUUAUAUUGAAAUGUUGUUUAUUUUUGCUCAAUAAAAUAUGU